UUUUGAAGGCAGCAACCGGAAGUGCCCGAGUUGACUCUUCACUCGCAAACGCUCCUCUUCGUGAAAUUCCACAGGUUGCGAGUCUUUUGUCCGUGUGUCGGGACGAGGAGUGAGGGGACAUCGACCUGCUGCGGCGGUCUGCGAGGGAGAGGAGCUUGCUCACCGAGACCCCCCCCCCCCGGGACGGGACGGACACGCUGUCCCAGUUCGAGGAGCAGCGGACAAGUCGCUGGGAAGCUGCCGGAAGGAGGAAGAUGACCGGGGGGAGCUGAGGACGGAGCCGAGCUAUGUGGCCCAACUCUCCGUAGACUUGUGUUCUGCGUGGCCGUCGAGGCGAGAUGGAGGGAGAGAAGGAGAGACAGCGGGAGGAGAAGGAGAGCAACGAGGCAGAAGACGACCGGAGGAGCGAUGAUGACACUGACAACAAAGAGGAGGACGAUGACGAUUCGGAGGGUGCGGCACUGGUCUGGCAGGAAGGCUAUGGUGAGGACAACCUGGGCCUUCCCAUCAUGCACUGGGAAGCGCUGAGCCUGCGCAUCGCUGAGCUGGAGAAGCAAGAAGAGGAGAAGAAGGAGAAAAGGGCAAAGAGUGGGAUUCCUCUGGAGCGAGGCAGAGCUCCAGGGAGCUGGACGGAGGAGCGAGGCAGGAGAGCGGAGAGCUGGGAGGACGGAGACGACGCCUGCAACAGCCACGUGCUGGCACUCACCUCCCGCCUGCAGACACAGAUGAACCUGCAGCUCUGCUUCAUCAACAACAGUGAAAGUGAGGAGGAGGAGGAAGAGGAGAAGGAAGGAGACGUGAACAAGAAGGACAGCUCCAGCACAUGGAGAGGGAGCGCCCAGGUCCAUAAGAAUCCUCAACCCGCCUCCAAGCCAGAGAAACCGAAAUCCAGGGGCUUCAGGAACACUCUGAGGAACCUACGGGACCGACUCAGAGCAGACCACAAAACACUGUCUGCCUCCCGCAGUGACCCUGUAAUCCAGAGGAGGCAUCUUGAGCGCAGUGAUUUGCAAAGCUUCGGUGUCAAAGAGCUGAAUGCUCUGUGCUCAACUCUCAGCCAGACCAUACAAGACCUGAGCUCCGACUUGGUGGGUCGCCUCCAGGUCCGGGACCAGCUGAGGACCGAGCAGGACGCCAUGCUGCUGGAGGUCCAGGAUCUCACCUCACUGUGAACCCUGCCGAUCGCUCCCGGCUGAGUUCCACCUGUCCAACGGUGAUGUGUCACACGAACAUUUGAGCUGAAGCAUCGCUGUCGGUGAACAGUUGUUAGUAAGAUGUGACGCAGUGGUCCCCACAAACAUCUCAAUCCCACCAGUGUCUUAGUCUGACCAGCCAACCGCUGUGAUGACUCACUCCCUGGAAGGACUUGGACAUUCAGUUGUACAGUAGUUUUUUAUGUCAUUGUCUAUGUUGUAUUUUUAUAAGGUCAAUUUAGUUUCACUAAGAGACGGUGUCUACAAGCUGUGGUUUCAAACUUUGCAUGUGACACACCGUCACAAAGCCGCCUGUCAGAGCCAUGGUGAUGGUGAGGAGGACUUACGGUACGCUGAACUGAACUGGCACACGGGAUCGUGGCUGUGGAUGGAGGAGCGCACAUCAGCAACAGUUUAAUCUAUGCUAUGUCCAUGACAAAUAUAGGUGUGGGUUCAUGUUAAACCGGCUUGGCACCCAGACGGAAACAGAAAGGGUAAAACCUCCCAAUGCUGACGGUGAAAGUCAAGUCCAAAUUGAGAUGUGCCUCUGUUUCUUUAUUACCGACAUGUGACUGGGGGUGGACUAGUAAUGUCAUCUUUGUGUUACAUGAAAUUCGUCCUAUAAUGCAAAGCACAAUGCACGCAUGCUUUGUCGCUCUUCGACCAGCCCCGCUCGCAACCUGUAGUGUUUUCUAGAAAGCUGAAACCAGAACCCAUCUGACCCGCAGGUCGACCGGCACUACACUAUUCCACUAGUCUGCCGUGUUCAGCUGUGUUUUCCUUUUCUUUGGCGUGCAUGUGGUCAGCAAUUUGCCUCUGUGCGCCCCUCGGUCGUCGAACGCCAAAGUGAAACUUAUGAAGAGUCAACGUUCACAGGAGACGUGGACAGAUCUCUGCUCAGUGACACUAAGCCCUGGUGACCCGGUCAGAUUUUGAACUGUCGACACGGCGAGGCGGCUAUUCGCUCCUUCCAGUUUAUGCAAAAAGCAGGAUAAAAGUGACCAGAACAAUCAACUCAUUGUUCUUUUGGAGACACUUAAAAAAAAAAAAAAAAAGGAUCCGUCCAGUGUUCAUACAUUUUCUGAUUGAUUUUGCAGGAACUGCUCGUCCGCAGGAACACACACAGGUGGUGUGAUCCACAUUCCUGUCGAUUCGACCAGAGUCACUCUGGGCUGAGUGGUGCACAAAAUCCUAGAAUGUCUUUGAAAGACCGCGCGUUCCUACCGACUGUUGUCUCCGUCGGUUACCUCACAUCAUUCAGCCGCGCGCUCGCACGUCUCCGCCAUUGGGCUGAUUCCGGUUCGACACUUUUCCACAAGUAGCCCAAAAACGAGUCGGAGCUACUAAACAUUUUUGUAUCUUCCGUGGCAACGUGUUUUUUUUUUUCUUUCUUCCGUGUGUAAAAAGUUGAGAGGCUAUAGUCCGUACCAAGAGGUCAACAAGCUGAGCUUGAUCACCCGGGGGCGAUGCUUCUACGCACGUUGCUGCGUGUGGCAUCUUUCCUCAAGGAUUAAAACUGACAUAUCAAAGGGAGUCGUGUUAAGAAGCUGCUAAUUCCGCCAACUGAACAAUCUGUCCUUUUUCUACUUAGUUGCAAGUGUAGUGUCGUUUGUUUCAUGUCUUUGUGUCGUUUUUUUUUUUAGGUUAGUGUACAAUAAAUGAAGCACAAUUUUAAAUCUUCUUCUUCACCAAAGUGCUUCUUCUGGAUAUGUAAGGGAAUGUAUUUUUUUUUAUGAAUUUUUGUUCUGCGACAGUCUUGGCACAAGUUGUUCAUUUUAACAAACAAUGUUUACCUGUGACCUCGACCGACAACGGAACUUUUCCUCUUGAACAAAAACAUCACCGACUGAAUUCUACUAAUCUGUCUGGUUUUGUUGGUUCGCUGUUCAGCUAUAUACAUUAUACGUGAUACAUUUCAAAUUGAAAAAGCCUGCAACAGUUCAUUCCUUGGCAGGGGACACUCAACCGAGUAGAACUGUUUGACUCGGCAAUUCAUUCUCGCUGAAUGUAGUGUGUGAAUCACGUCAUACCUGCCACUUUUUUUUUCUUUUUUUUUUUUUAGAGCAUUCCUUUGAAUACCAGCUUUUAUUUUGUGAAUUCACAUGUAGCAUUUAUAAGCGGUUGCUAUUUCAAAUAAAGUCUUCCCUCAAGGCCUCGACACAGAGAGCAGCUGAUCAGCUCAAUGUGCCACGGGCCUGAUCCACCGUUGGUAUUGUCAGCAUGGAACCGCCGGCAUUUAAUCUGACUAAAAUCUUGUUAGGCCACAAAAACAAUCUGUUUGUCAUGUUUAUAAAACUAAUUUUAAGAAAUCUUCAGCAGAGGAACAGUAAUUUAGACUUGUUGCAAGACUUUGCAUUGUGUUAAUUUCCAAUACUGUUGUUUCAAAUUUUUGGUGGUGGAUCGUCCCUUUUGUUUACAUUUGACUUGACAUUGGGCCUGAACAAAUAAAGUAUGAGUCCGGUCAGUUUCACAGAAGAAACAUGUGACUUUAAUGGUCUUAUUCAGUUUGAGCUGAUCUUUGUUCUCGACUCUCUGAAGUCUAUUAAGGAUGUUCAAUUGUAGCUGAACGUCUGUCUCUAUGUGUUUUUCUUUGACACCUUGUCGCGAUGCUUUUGAACUUUUCCAACCGAAAUGUUCUGACAUUUGAAUGAUUGAAACAUUUUGGAUACUA